CUUGUUCCGCUCCCCCGUUUAUUCCUCGCCGGAGCAUAGCGGGGCGAAGCAUCCGAACUCCGAAAACCCCAGGGCAGCGAACGCAGCGGCCAACCGUCCCCUCCGCCCCGCCCCGCAGCCAUGGCUGCCACCGGCGUGGUCGCCGAGCCCAAGACCAAGUACGAUCGCCAGCUCAGGAUAUGGGGUGACCAAGGCCAGGCUGCACUGGAAAAGGCUAGCAUAUGCUUGCUUAACUGUGGUCCUACUGGAACAGAAGCUUUGAAGAAUCUUGUUCUUGGAGGAAUAGGAAGUGUGACUGUUGUUGAUGGCUCCAAAGUUGAAGCAUCUGAUCUGGGGAACAAUUUUCUGUUGGAUGAAGGAUGUUUGGGGCAACCAAGAGCUAAAUCUAUAUGUUCUUUCCUACAAGAGCUUAAUGACGCUGUUAAAGCCAAGUUUGUUGAGGAGUUUCCAGCGCAUUUGAUAGACACUAACCCCUCGUUCUUUUCCCAAUUUACUGUUGUCAUUGCUACCCAGCUUCCAGAGAGUUCUUUACUGAAGCUAGAUGAUAUCUGCAGGAAAGCAGAUAUUGUUUUGGUUGCUGCACGUUCAUAUGGUCUAACCGGUUUGGUCAGGGUUAGCGUCAAGGAGCACUGUGUCAUAGAAUCAAAACCAGACCACUUCUUGGAUGAUUUGCGACUUCACAAUCCAUGGACUGAACUAAAGCAAUUUGCAAAAUCAAUUGACAUAAAUGAUAAAGAUCCUGUUGUCCACAAACAUACUCCAUACAUUGUUAUCCUUGUGAGACUUGCAGAAAAAUGGGCAGAUGCACAUGAUGGUAACAUGCCGUCAACUAGGCAAGAGAAAAAGGAAUUUAAGGACCUAAUUCGAGCCCAUAUGCUUAAUAUAGAUGAAGAAAAUUACAAAGAAGCUGUGGACUCUUCGUAUAAAGUCUCAGUCACUCCAGGAAUCAGUAAUGAGAUCCGUCAGAUAAUUGAUGAUGACUCUGCGGAAGUCAAUUCAUCAUCGUCAGAUUUCUGGAUUUUAGUGGCUGCUUUAAAGGAAUUUAUUGCAAAGGAGGGCAAUGGUGAGCUACCUCUGGAGGGAACAAUACCUGAUAUGACUUCCCUUACUGAGUAUUAUGUAAGCCUACAAAAGAUUUACCAAGCUAAGGCGGAAUUUGACUGUCUUGCCCUGGAGCAUCAUGUAAAGGAAAUCUUGAAACGGAUUGGCAGAGAUCCGGAUUCUAUUUCAAGAGCAUAUAUCAAAACAUUUUGUAAAAAUUCUAGGAAACUAAGGAUUUGUAGAUAUCGUAGUUUCGAGGAGGAAUUUAGCUCUCCGAUGGUCUCUGAGAUUCAGAGGUAUUUCACCGAUGAAGACUACAGUUACGCAAUGAACUUCUACAUUCUACUACGGGCUGUUGAUCGAUUGGCUGCCAAUUAUAGCAGAUUACCUGGAGUCUUCGACAGUGAGAUUGAUGAGGAUAUCCCUAGGCUGAAGACAGUUGCGGCUUCAGUGCUAAGUGAGAUGGGUUUGAACGGAGCAUCCUUAUCCGAAGACCUGAUAACCGAAAUGUGCCGGUUCGGGGGUGCAGAAAUCCAUCCUGUGGCUGCUUUUGUCGGUGGAGUCGCUUCGCAAGAAGUAAUUAAGCUGGUCACCAAGCAGUUUGUGCCCUUGCGGGGAACAUUCAUAUUUAAUGGAAUCGACCUCAAAUCUCAAGUUUUGGUGCUAUAACAUGGAUAUUGAGCGUUGUAUUAGUGACUGAAUUUAAGUUGGUCGAGAUUUUGUGCCAGGGCACCAUGCCGCAACGAAGUCUGUUUGCUAAACGAGUAGCCAAAUAUAUAUUGUUGCAAUGAUAUUUAGAUGUGUGCCAUUGUCGCCAAGUAGCUUUCGCGUCCCUUUUGUGACACGGAAAAUGAGCCCGAAAUAAGUGGUUCAUUGAGAAUGCCACAGUGUCGUAAUUUAUCAAUACUUCCGUCGUAUGAUUUGUGCAAGUGCCUAGCAAAUUCUUAGCUCACGCGGCUGUUAUGCGUGGACCAAAA